AGUUGUCCGGUGUGUACGUGGGGCUGCUCUGCUACUGCAGUCGCCUCCUCAUCGGACCACAGUGCGGAUCACACGGGGCGACCAGAGGUGCACACUGGGUGUCAAACAUGGUGAAGAUAACGACCGUUAAGACCAAGCCGUACACGGACCAGAAGCCCGGGACGAGCGGUUUGAGGAAGAGGGUGACGGUGUUUCAACAGAACCAGCACUAUGCGGAAAACUUCAUUCAGAGCAUUAUCUCUGUCAUCGACCCCGCCGAGCGCCAGGCAUCCACUCUGGUGGUGGGAGGGGACGGAAGGUUUUUCAUGAAAGACGCGAUUCAGUUGAUCGUUCAGAUUGCUGCUGCCAACGGGAUUAGCCAUCUGGUCAUUGGUCAAAAUGGCAUCAUGUCCACCCCAGCAGUCUCCUGUGUGAUCCGCAAGUUAAAGGCAGUGGGUGGCAUUAUCCUCACAGCCAGCCACAACCCAGGAGGCCCCAAUGGAGACUUUGGCAUUAAGUACAACAUCUCCAGUGGAGGGCCUGCUCCAGAGGGCAUCACAAACAAAAUAUUUGAGAUCAGCAAAAGCCUGCAGGAGUAUCACAUCUGCCCGGAGCUGAAAGUGGAUCUGUCCAAAAUCGGCAAACAGACUUUUGAAGUGGACACUUUCAAGCCAUUCAUAGUGGAGAUUGUGGAUUCUGUGGAGGCCUAUGCUGAGAUGUUGAGGGGCAUCUUUGACUUUGCUGCACUAAAGGAACUUCUGUCCGGUGCCAAACACAUUAAUGUCCGUCUGGAUGCUAUGCACGGAGUGGUUGGUCCUUAUGUGAAGAAGAUAGUCUGUGAAGAGCUCGGAUCGCCUGCCAGCUCGGCAGUAAACUGUGUCCCCCAGGAGGACUUUGGGGGCCACCACCCCGACCCCAACUUGACCUACGCUGCUGACCUGGUCAACACCAUGAAAGGAGGGGAGUAUGACUUCGGAGCCGCCUUUGAUGGUGAUGGUGACCGUAACAUGGUGCUGGGUAAACACGGCUUUUUCGUGAACCCCUCAGACUCAGUGGCUGUCAUUGCUGCCAACAUUACCAGCAUCCCUUACUUCCAGAAGACUGGAGUCAAAGGACUGGCCCGCAGUAUGCCCACCAGUGGAGCCCUGGACAAUGUGGCUAAAGCUCUGCAGAUGCAGCUGUAUGAGACUCCAACUGGCUGGAAGUUUUUUGGGAAUCUCAUGGACGCUGGCAAACUUUCCCUGUGUGGAGAGGAGAGCUUCGGCACAGGCUCAGAUCACAUCCGUGAGAAAGACGGCUUGUGGGCGGUGCUUGCAUGGCUAUCAAUCUUAGCCACCAGGAAACAAAGCGUGGAAGAGAUCAUGAAGGAUCAUUGGCAGAAGUUUGGCAGGAACUUCUUCACCAGGUACGACUAUGAGGAGGUCGACUCAGAUGCUGCUAACAAGAUGAUCAAGGAUCUGGAGACAGCCAUGUUCGAUCCAUCUUUUGUUGGAAAGAAGUUCUCCUCGGGUGAUAAGACUUAUGAGGUUGCGGUUGCUGACAACUUUGCCUACACAGACCCUGUGGACGGCAGUGUGUCCAAAAACCAGGGCCUCAGGAUCAUCUUCUCUGAUGGUUCCAGAAUUAUUUUCCGUCUCAGCGGUACAGGGAGUGCGGGAGCAACCAUCAGGCUCUACAUUGACAGCUAUGAGAAAGACCCUCAGAAGAUUUACCAGGACCCACAGGUGAUGCUGGCCCCCCUGGUUGACAUCGCCUUGAAGGUCUCUCAGCUCCACGAGAGGACUGGACGCACUGGCCCCACUGUGAUCACAUGAUUCCUCUGCCACACUGCCUCCACUCACCCUCAGCAACAGGAUACCUCCACUCUCUCGCGGGGGUGAAGCUGCCCUUGAAUGCUGUCUUGGCUUCAGUUCCUGAGCCUUUUAGAAACAGAGCUGGAUGAAAGACUGAAACUCGACAUACAGGUUGACUGUAAGAAAAUACAUGAGGACCUUAAAUUGAAAGCCACCAAAAAGGCAUUAGAAACCAGACCUUUUGUCACAGAAGUAACACAUAUACAAAAUUUAAAGAUUUAAAAUUGGACUGUAAAACCCAAAUGAAGUGUGCCUCAUGUAAUAUCUGGAACCAUAUGCAACUCUGUAAUUGUCCAGAUCCGUUCCUGAACUAACUGUGUCAUUAUAUGAAAAAAAACUGACCAUAAAUCAGCAAUUUGUGGCAACCUCACCCCACAUUUCCCUUACUGACCUGGUGCCUUCCCCUCCCUCUGUUCCACAAGACCACCAAAAUAGCCUCUCAAUCUGACCCAUAAACCACAGCAAAAGCUUUGAGCGCUAACACACACGCACACCAUUAAUAAAAUAACCUUGAAUAAACAAA